GUUUUCCCACGCAACCCCGUCUCUGCGUGGGCCAGCCCCACCCCCACGGUCGCUCGGUGCGCGCUGAGUCGUGGAUGUGUUCGGGCUGCAAUUGGUCUGCGGUGAGGCAGGGAUGGGUGCGCGUGUGUCUCUCUUUUCCCCCCAACUCCCCUCGCCUCCUCUUUGCCUCCCGCAGUUUUUCUGGGCGCUGCUGUUCACCCGCGGGCUGGUGGGGAUCGGGGAGGCCAGUUACUCCACCAUCGCCCCCACAAUCAUCGCCGAUCUCUUCGUCGGGGACUUGCGGAGCCGCAUGUUGUCCAUCUUCUAUUUCGCUAUCCCCGUCGGCAGUGGCCUGGGCUACAUUGUGGGUUCCAAGGUGACAGACCUCGCCGACGACUGGCAUUGGGCACUGAGGGUGAGUGAGAUCAUUUAUCCAGGCGCCAGUCACUCAGACGACACUCAUCCCUGAUUCUCACGCCGUCCC